AUGAUGGCAACGACGCCCUUUACCAGCAGCAAAGGUCGAGCAGCUCUGUGCUUUACUCGGGACGGCAACUGGUUCCAGGGGUACUUCAUCUGCUCAUCCAGUCGCACGCAGCUCGGUAUGAUGGGCGAAGAGAUUCCGGUGGAUGACUGCAUCGCGUGUCCGGAUGGAGGCUACCAGGAAUACCGACUUACAUUGAUGCACUUUGCCGUCGAUCGAGAAGUCGAGCAGGUGGUGAAGAAGACUGGAGGGGAUCUCUGCCGGCUCGACAGUGACGCGCUUCAGUUUCGGUCUUCAGUGCUGCUGACUGAUGCCAGAGCCGUCGAAGCGAUUGAGCGAUACUUUCCUAGCAUUGCAGAACGGGCCAACCACGAUGCAACUUUGCUGCAGGAGUGCACGGUUUGCUUUGGCGACAUGGAGGUCACUGCGCUCGGUUUCCCGACGUAA